UCUUGCACCUGUCACUCCCAAAAAACAAAACAUACAUUUCCCCCCACGUUUUUUGUGAGUUACAACAAAAUGCAGUUUGUCUAGUGGUAGUCAUUUUGAUAAAACAAUGGAGAUGCAAUCUGCAAAAGAGUCUAAACCUGGAUUUUUGUCAAUUUUAUCUGGCGAGUGGAUUGAUGUUCCCGAAACUGAUAGACAUGGAAAAUGUCGAAGUGUUUCUGGAUUUGAGAAGUUGAGCAGAGUUGGAGAGGGUACUUAUGGAAUUGUGUACAGGGCACGAGAUAGAAAGACAGACACAAUAGUUGCAUUAAAGAAAAUGAGAAUGGAGCGAGAAAAGAAUGGGAUUCCUGUCAGCGGGCUGAGAGAAAUCAACAUUUUGUUGAAUUUAAGACAUCAAAACAUUGUAGAACUUCAUGAAGUUGUUGUUGGAAAAAGUUUAGAAAGUAUUUUCCUGGUGAUGGAGUAUUGUGAACAAGAUUUAGCUUCCCUCCUAGAUAACAUGUCUUCUCCAUUCUCCGAGGCACAGGUGAAGUGCAUCAUGCUACAGUUGUUUAAAGGCUUGCGCUAUCUACAUGAAAACUUCAUCAUACACAGAGAUCUAAAGGUGUCAAAUCUAUUGAUGACAGAUACCGGCUGUGUGAAAAUUGCUGACUUUGGGCUGGCCAGGAAGUAUGGGUUACCCCAGAAACCUAUGACCCCCACUGUGGUCACUCUCUGGUACAGAGCGCCAGAACUUUUAUUCGGAGCCAAAGAGCAGACGACUGCUGUAGAUAUGUGGUCGACAGGGUGUAUAUUUGGAGAGCUCCUGGCACACCGCCCCCUGCUCCCCGGGAGAUCGGACAUCCAUCAGAUUGAACUCAUCAUAGAAAUGCUUGGGACACCCAAUGACAACAUCUGGCCGGGAUUUUCAAAGUUACCUGCAAUGGAGACUCUUUCAUUGAAGAAACAGCCGUACAACAACAUCAAGCACACCUUCCCCUGGCUGACCGACUCCGGAGUGAGACUACUCAACUUCUUGUUUAUGUAUGACCCGUCUAAAAGAGCUACUGCAGAAGACUGUCUUGAUUUCUCAUACUUCAAAGAACCACCACUGCCAUGUGACCCUGAGCUGAUGCCUUCAUUUCCACAACACAGACUGAAAAGAAAAGCACAGCCAGAAAAAGAAAGAGGGGAAGGCAGUAGCAAACAAGCUGAAUUAUCAGAUUCUCUCCCUUUGCCAGCGUCAAAAAAGAGAAGAUCAAAGGACUGAAAGAGGAUCAUUUCAGGCUGAAAAUAGAGAAAAAGUCAAAACAGAUGCAUUGACUUAUUUGUUGAGAAUAAAUCAAGGAAUGCUUGAUUGUCUGCUGAGUGACUAGGCGUCUCAAUACUUUAGUUCCUGGUUCUAUCAUAAAACAGUUUAAUAUUUGUCCUCCCGUUUUUGAGUGGAUUUUUUUUUCUGCUGACAAAAUGAAAAAUUCUGUGAGGCAUGAGAUUGUUAUGACCAUAAUUUCAGUAAUUUUGGCCUUGGUUCUGUGUUAUGGUCAGCGAUGAUUGUUAUGACUGAUUUGAAAGGACAAGAUUGGACUUGUUAGGGUGGAGGACCAACUUUGUGUCAAAUGAACACGAUAACAGAAGGAAAAAGCUUAUUUUAUGCAAAAGAAAAAAUUGUUUUAUUAUUGAUACAUUGUACAUAUGAGUAACUUUAAAUUUCCCAUUUAUUAAAAAUAUUUGGAUUAUUCAUAGAGAAACUUUGAAUGAAAAACAAUUUGAUUGAAAGAUAAUUACAGAAAUAUUUUGAUAAUUUUAUGAAUACAUUUCCAUGUAUGUAAUACACGUAUGUAAAUUAAAGAGGCCUAAUGGCAUAUGUAUAUUUGUAAAUCAGAGCAAUGUUAGUGGGUUUUUUUUAAAUUCAUUUAUUCAAUGAAAAGAUCAUGAUUAUAUGCAGGAAAUACU